UCUCCAAGCACCAAUCAAAUGUCAGAGUCAGGCAUGGGUACCCUCCCCCUCUGAAUGUUUUCUUGCUGUGGCCAUUUUACACUUGGUUCUGUGAAAAAUAAAACACCCCUCUCACCUGUUCUUCGACGUGACAUUUAAAGAGCUGUUACUGGUUACAUGUGGCACUGGGUAUCUGAUGCUGUAACCAAAUAGAAAAGAAGCAGAGACCAGAGUCAGUGAAUCAGCAUGGACUAUGAGCGGAGUAGGGGUGGGCGAGGUGACCGCACAGGCCGCUAUGGCAACACCCACAACGAUCACAACUUUCGUGACAUGGACUACCGAGCCUAUGGCCAAGAGGAUGAGGAGGCAGGAGCAGGAUAUGAUGUCAGGCCAGAGGGGGACAGACCAUACAGCCAUGAAGAGCAAUCACUAGGGGUCCGUGACUUCUCACCAGGUCGUCUCCAAGACCGCCCGGGGUUUCACCAGAGAGGAGAUGGGCGUGAGGGGAAAGGACUCCUUUUGCCCCCAUGCGCUCAGCCACAGCCUGAUCAAGCCCUUCCCAGGCUCCAGAGAGAAGAGGAGGGAUCCAGGCGAGAGCCGUUAUUGACUGGCCUGCAGGAAAGAGGUCGGGGGAAAGGUGGAAGAGGCUUUCUUGAGAACAGUUCAGGGGGAAGGGACGGCAAUUGGGGUCGUGGUGGUGCGCAUUCAGGACAGAUGGAAUACAAUAACGCAAGACACAGAGAGGAGGACAGGUUUUCUCGUGCGGCGGUGAAGAGGAGGGGUUUUCCAGUGGGGGCAGAGGAGCAUGGUUGUGGGAGUGCUGGUCCAGACCUGUCCCUUGAGGAGUUGGAUCAGAGGGACCAAGACUACCGUGCAGAUCUGGACCACAACCAGAGGCCAAGCAACAUCAUAAUGCUUCGCAUGCUGCCACCCAAUGCAACCGCCAAUGAGAUCCGGGCACAACUUCAGGAGCAAGGGAUCCAGCCAAGAGAGGUUCGCCUCAUGAGGAACAAAUCCUCAGGUCAGAGCCGAGGAUUCGCCUUCGUCGAGUUUAAUGUCAUACAGGAGGCCACCCGCUGGAUGGAGACCAACCAGGGAGUGUUGCUGAUUCUGGGACAAAGAGUGUCAAUGCACUACAGCGACCCAAAACCACGUGCCAACGAGGACUGGCUCUGCAACAAGUGUGGGGUGCAAAACUUUAAAAGGAGAGAAAAGUGCUUCAAAUGCAGUGUGCCUAAAUCAGAGGCUGAGCUGAAGCUGCCUCAGUUGCAGAGGGAUUUGCCUGUUGGUCUUCAGAAGGAAGGAACCCAAGGCUUAUUGCCCUUGCCAGUACCCUACCACUCUUCAGGUCCCACUGUUACCCCUGGACAGGCUACACAGCAGGCAGAUGUUGCCAAUGACACUCUGAUACUAAGAAACCUUGGUCCGCAUACUUCAGUGGAAACGAUCUUAUCUGCUUUGGCUCCAUUUGCCACUCUCUCUCCUUCCAAUGUUCGUCUAAUCAAGGACAAGCACACACACCUUAACAGGGGCUUUGCCUUUCUGCAACUGUCUACCAUAGUGGAGGCUUCUCAACUGCUCCAGAUCUUGCAGGCUCUCCAGCCGGCUCUUUCUAUUGAUGGAAAAGCAAUUGUGGUCGAGUUUGCCAAAGGCUCCAAACGUGAUGUGUUCCUGACAGAUGGCAGCAGAGUAAGCGCUGCUACAGUGGCAAGCACAGCUAUAGCUGCGGCACAGUGGGCUGUCACACAGACUGCUCCGAAUGGAUCAGUUGGAGGCCAGAGUAUAGAUACAGCAGUGUAUCAGCAGGGGGCAGCAGUCACAUACAAUCAGGAAGGAAACGAAUACUCCGGGCUAGACGGCACAACUUUCAAGACCCUGGCAGAUGUCAGGGCUGCUGCUUUACCUGGCGCAGGAACAGCCCUGAUGGGUGCAUACACAGGAAUAGCAGCCCCAGCUGAGGCAGUGACAUCUGGAUCAGCAGUGGUGCAGCAGCCUCUUAUUCAUACACAGACAGCUCUCAUCUCCACAGCUACCACCACAUCUGCCACACAGGUGGAGAUAGUGGGAAAACCACAACCAGCUGCUCCAAGCCAACCUGCUACCCCAGGCACUGAACACGAGCUCCAGCAAUACCCUGUGCCAGACGUGUCCACAUACCAGUAUGAUGAAAGCUCUGGCUACUAUUACGACCCACUCACAGGCCUCUACUAUGACCCUAACUCCCAGUACUACUAUAACCCUCACACUCAGCAGUACAUGUACUGGGAUGGAGAGAAGCACACCUACAUUCCCGCUGCUGCUGACCAGUCAAACUCUGAGGGUGCUCUCCCUUCAGACUCACCAUUUCCUACCCCUGGCGGCAAGGAGAAAAAAGACAAACCCAAGAAUAAAACUGCGCAACAGAUUGCCAAAGAUAUGGAGCGCUGGGCCAAGAGUCUUAACAGACACAAGGAGAACAUGCGUUCUGUCUCCUCCUCUCCUGCUGUUGGCUCCACAGCCCUACCACCUGGUUACACUCGGGCACCUGGCCACAGUCGUCUAGAUGACCGCAGAGAGUCUGCUAGUGCUGAUGCAGGCUAUGCAGUUCUGGAGAAAAAGGGUGCCCUGUCUGAACGGCCUCAGAUUUUUUUGGACCAGAUCCGACAAAGUUCAGAACGUUCCCCUCCUCCCCCGCAGGGUCUGGUUCCAGCCUACAGCGGAGAAACAGACAGCGAAGAAGAAGGAGGCGACAAAGAUGAGAAAGAAGGGAGGAUGACGGACUGGGUUAAACUGGCCUGUCUGCUGUGUAGGAGGCAGUUUCCUAGCAAGGAAGCCCUCAUCAGGCACCAGCAGCUCUCUGAGCUGCAUAAGCAAAACCUGGAGCAGAGAAGAAUCCAGCAAGAAUCUGCAUGCAAAGAGCGGCAUGCGGAUGGACCUGAACCUCCUGAUCCUAAAAGGAGGAAGUUUAGCCCCAUUGAUGGAAUCACAGGCACGAGUCUCGGUGCCAGGAUGCUGCAGGGAGGAGUGAAAAAAGGGCUUCUGUUGCGCAAUAUGCAAGUGGAGUGAGCCCUCACCCUGAAAUCUGAACUUCCUGGCCCCGACAGGACAAUGACAACGCCUAGCAUGCAACACUUCACCAUUAACAUCAUAUAGAUAUCUAUAGAUAAACCUCUUAAUUUUGGUUUGACAUUACAAUUACCUCAACAGUGGUAAUGCACUCAUGAACUGAUCCUGUAGCAGUGGGUGUCAGGAUAUUGCACAGAAUGCACUUUUUUGCUUUCUUAUUGAAUGAUGCAGUUUUAGUUCUCACUUGCUUCAGAGCUUGUGUGUGAUAAACAAGCUUUAUGUGGUUGGGAAACAUUUGCUGUUGGAAAACGAAAGAUCAGUUUCGAUCUUUAUGCCAGCAAAUGGGAUUUUCUAAUAUUACUGUCUAUGCACCAUAGAUUUUUUUUUAUUUAAUGCUAUAUGCCUUGUCAUUCAGUGAAUGACUGAUCUGGGCAUGAACUGUGUGUACAUUUUAGAGACUGUGGCCUCAUGAACUGGACAGGGUCACACUGAAACUAGUGUCUCAGUUUGUCAUGUUGCAGAUAUGAAUUCACAAUGUAAUACAUCCUUAUCUCAUGAGAAAGUUAUUUUUUAUGACUGUAUGACUUCAAUAAUGUGACUGUGUUUCAUCAAGCUCAUGUAAAUUAAUUCAGAAUAACACGUUUUCAUCAUGA